AUGGGGAAAGACGUUGAAGUUGCUGAGCAAGGUGAAUUCCAAAGCAAAGACUACCAAGACCCACCUCCCGCCCCUCUUAUCGAUCCCGAAGAGCUCACCAAAUGGUCCCUUUACAGAGCCGCCAUCGCCGAGUUCAUCGCCACUCUCCUCUUCCUUUACGUCACCGUUUUGACCGUUAUUGGUUACUCCCACGGAAGGGCCACUGACGCUGAUCCCUGUAGCGGCGUUGGCAUCCUCGGUAUCGCUUGGGCCUUCGGUGGUAUGAUCUUCAUUCUUGUUUACUGCACCGCCGGUAUCUCCGGUGGCCACAUUAACCCUGCUGUCACUUUCGGCCUUUUCUUGGCUCGUAAAGUCUCUCUGGUUCGUGCUCUGUUAUACAUCAUUGCUCAAUGUGCCGGUGCUAUUUGCGGCUGUGGCUUGGUUAAGGCCUUCCAAUCUGCUUAUUAUGUUAGAUAUAAUGGUGGUGCUAACAUGCUUAGCGAUGGUUACAACAAAGGAACUGGGUUAGGUGCUGAAAUUAUUGGGACUUUUGUUCUUGUUUACACUGUUUUCUCUGCUACUGAUCCCAAGAGAAACGCCAGAGAUUCUCACGUUCCUGUUUUGGCUCCUCUCCCAAUUGGGUUUGCCGUGUUUAUGGUUCAUUUGGCUACAAUCCCCAUUACCGGAACUGGAAUUAACCCUGCUAGAAGUUUCGGAGCUGCUGUCAUUUUCAACAAAGAGAAAGCCUGGGAUGAUCAAUGGAUCUUCUGGGUUGGACCAUUUAUUGGAGCUGCAAUUGCUGCAAUUUACCAUCAGUAUGUGCUCAGAGCUGGCGCCAUUAAAGCUCUGGGAUCUUUCAGGAGCAACGCUUGAAAAUCCUUCAAUGGAAAUAUAUUUAAUUGGUUUCUCCCAGAUUGUGUUUUGUUUUCUUCUUGUUUUUGGGGUUCUCUUUUUUUCUCUCUUCUCAAUAGACUUUCAAUGGUUGAAUCAGAACUCAAUUCUUGCUGCUGCUCUGCUCUCAUCUUGCCUUUGUUCGUCAUGGAAUUGAGCUCUACAAGAAGUUUAAAUUAUUGGCCCUGGAAAUUGUACAUAUUUCCAUUUCUCUCCCCUAAAAAAAAGAAAGAAAAAGAAAAAAAGAAAAGAAUUGGGGCUCCUGUUAUUCAUGUAUUUUUCUUUCGUGUUUCAUCCUUAUCCUUUGUUUUUUAUUUAAUAAAAGAAUCUCCUCUAUUAUGUUCA